UCCUUCAAAAACAAACUGCGGAUUGAGUUUUUCUUCAUGCUCAAUCCGUUUCAAUCCAUCUCAAUUCGAAUCAAGUAGCAUUCUCUAGCAUUGAAACGAAACCUGCUAAUUCUUUUCGAUGGUGCCCAGAGCCAGGUACGGCUCGUCGAACUUGAAGAAAUCGAAGGUGAAAAAGACAGUCUACCAGUUGAUCAAUCAAUGCCGGCUGGAGGCGUUAAGAAGCUUGGAUCAAGACGCAGCCUGCAACUUCUUAAUGAAACCACCAAUAUGGUCCUUAAUUCCAAUUACAAGGGGAAUCCAGGCCCACCCACCGCCACCCAGACCAUGCUGGAAGAACUAUUAUUACGUGCAGUCUACGAUUUCUGAGAUAGUAAUACAAGCUUCCGUGUUCUUCAAGCUUCUCUCGUUGCUCCUCAAUUCUCAAGCACAAAAGAUUCUAUACAGGAGGCAAUAAUGGUGGAUUUUGAAGAAAUACCAAAUGAUUCAGAUGCUCCUGUGGAUAGCUCACCAGAAAGGGCUAUUAUGGUUGUUCCAUGUGGUGACCCAAAUGUUCGAAAAACCAUAUACCUUGGAGUCAACAGGUUUCUAUAUGCUCAUGAGCAGCCGUCUUGCAUUAUACCAGUAUAUCGAAUGACCACAAUAGUGACAGGUAGCUUUGUUGGGGGUUUCAAUAGAGGGUUGUUGGACGACGACAAUCGUGUCAAGUUCGAAUUGAGGAACCUCGCCGGGUUGCAUUUUAUGACUGGAACUUUUCGUGUUUCAUUUUAUAUCUGGUCUGAGAUUCUACUGGACGGAAGGAGGAUCGCGAGACUGGGAUGGCCACAUCAGCUAUUGAGUGAAGUGUUACUUGAAUCAAUAUGCCUUUUUAAGAAUAGAUGUAUUGCUGAGACAGAGCUUGAGAAUUGGUACCAGGAUGACAACCGAGUUGUGAGAGAUACUAUAAGGUUUUAUGAUGGAGGUAUACAAGUUCGUGAUGACCAUUUCAACUUUUUGGGCUGGAUUUUUAAUCAAUCCUGCACCAAUUAUGAUGAACUGUCAGCACAAAUAUCAUUUUGUGCGAGAAGAGGAGGACUUGAAGAACCUUACACAACAAGGUUUGAAUGGACUAAACCUGGUGAUUGUGCGCCAAAACAAGACAUCACACAAUUCUUUGCUGAGUUGAAAAUGAUAGUACUCUACCAAAUUAGGGAUGGAGAUGGAAAUGAUGAUGAUGUUGUGCAUGCUGUGCAAGGAGAUAAUGAUGUUCAAGCAGAUGAUGAAAAUAAUGCUAUGAAAAUGAAGAGGAAGAAAAUGAGAAUGAAGUGGAAGAAAAUGAGGGUUCAUUGGAAGAAAUUAAGGGUACUGAAUUGGAAGAAAGUGAAAAUGGUGCAGUGGGUGAAAGCAAAAAUGAAUAGGUGGAAGAGAAGGCAAAUGAAGAAAUGGAAUAAGAUGUUGUCAAGCAUGUAGCUAUAAAUAGCUUUAUUAGUGUUUUGCAAUUAUUCUGUUAGCAGCUAAAGAACCUACAAAUUCUUCUUGCCCAAGUCCCUAAAUAAUGGAAUCAGAACCCUAUGAACUCUC